GCAUCCACGGCUCGGCCAUGAUUCUGGGCCUGUAGCCUGGUCCAGUUCCUGUGUCAUCUCCUAGUGGCCUGGCGCCGAGGCUGCGAUACCCAGGGCUGGAGCCGCAGCGGGAGCCCCGGAUGGUAUUCUCCAAACUCUCAAGAAGAAGUCAAGAAUUAAGGAAACCUGGAGAGGAACCUUUCUUAAAAGACAAUGACAAGAGAAAAUUGGGCCCACAGCGCUCUGAGGCAAGAGGGUCUUGUGAAAGGAAAGGAUGAUACCUGGAAAUGGGGAACCAGCUUCCAAGGGAGCAGCUCCUCUGUUUGGGAGACCUCCCACCUGCACUUUAGACAGUUACGUUACCAUGAGACAUCUGGACCUCAGGAGGCUCUGAGUCGGCUCCGGGAGCUCUGUCGCCGGUGGCUGAGGCCAGAAGCACGCACCAAGGCGCAGAUCCUGGAGCUGCUGGUGCUGGAGCAGUUUCUGAGCAUCCUGCCUGGGGAGAUUCGGACCUGGGUGCAGCUCCAUCGCCCUGGGAGUGGCGAGGAGGCUGUGGCCUUGGUAGAGGAGCUGCAGAAAGACCUCGAUGGACCAGCACUAAAAGUUCCAGUCCUUGUCAAGGAUCAGGACAUUUUCCAGAAGGAGAUGAGCACUCCAGGAACAACACCUCCUACACCCAUUGGCCGCCACAUAGCAGCUGAAAUUUGCCCAAAUCCUCUUACUGACCACGUGGUGUUCAACUUUCAGGAUCCUCAGCAUGAUUCUUCUGUCCCUGAAGCUUCUGCCCUUUCCCAGGAAGAGAACCCAAGAAAUCAAUUGAUGGCACUUAUGCUCCUAACAGCCCAGCCCCAGGAGUUGGUGAUGUUUGAGGAGGUAUCAGUAUGCUUCACUUCAGAGGAAUGGGCCUGUCUGGGCCCAAUUCAGAGGGCCUUGUACUGGGAUGUGAUGCUGGAGAAUUAUGGAAAUGUGACCUCCCUAGAAUGGGAGACCAUGACCGAGAAUGAGGAGGUGACAUCAAAGCCAAGUAUUUCUCAAAGAGUAGACUCUCAGAAAGGAACAUCAAAAAGACUUCAAGGAGGUGUUCCCUGGGUCCUUGAUUUGGAGGAAGAGUAUGAAUGGCAAGUUUUGUCAAGUCAGUGGGAAAAUGAAACAGGGGAAAGGACAGACACAGUGAAGAAAGGUUCCCUUUGUGAACGAAACAAGAAGAAAAGGACUCCACCAGAAAAACGAGGCCAACAGUGGAAGGAAUUUGGAGAAAGCUUGACUUUAGGUUCAGCUAUUUCUGAAAGUUUAGUAGGUACUGAAGGAAAGAAGUUUUUUAAAUGUGAUAUAUGUUGUAAACAUUUCAAUAAAAUCUCCCAUCUUAUAAACCAUCGAAGAAUCCACACUGGUGAGAAACCUCAUAAAUGUAAGGAGUGUGGAAAAGGCUUUAUUCAGCGCUCAAGCCUUCUCAUGCAUUUACGGAACCAUUCUGGGGAGAAACCUUACAAAUGUAAUGAGUGUGGAAAAGCGUUUUCUCAAAGUGCUUACCUUCUAAACCAUCAGAGAAUCCACACUGGAGAAAAACCUUACAAAUGUAAGGAGUGUGGAAAGGGCUUCUAUAGACACUCCGGCCUUAUUAUACAUCUAAGGCGCCAUUCAGGGGAGAGACCUUAUAAAUGUAAUGAGUGUGGGAAAGUUUUCUCUCAGAAUGCUUACCUCAUUGACCAUCAAAGGCUCCACAAAGGGGAAGAACCUUAUAAAUGUAAUAAGUGUCAGAAAGCUUUCAUUCUGAAGAAGAGCCUCAUUCUGCACCAGAGAAUCCACUCUGGGGAGAAACCCUAUAAAUGUGAUGAAUGUGGAAAAACCUUUGCUCAGACCACUUACCUUGUUGACCAUCAGCGACUCCACAGCGCAGAGAACCCUUACAAGUGUAAAGAAUGUGGAAAAGUUUUUAUUCGAAGUAAAAGCCUCCUCUUACACCAGAGAGUCCACACAGAAAAGAAAACCUUUGGUUGCAAAAAAUGUGGAAAGAUUUUCAGUUCUAAGUCAAACCUCAUUGAUCAUAAGAGGAUGCACAGCAGAGAGAAACCUUAUAAAUGCACUGAAUGUGGGAAAGCCUUCACUCAGAGUGCUUACCUUUUUGACCACCAGAGACUCCACAAUGGGGAGAAACCCUAUGAAUGUAAUGAAUGUGGGAAAGUUUUUAUUCUGAAGAAAAGUCUCAUUUUACAUCAAAGGUUCCAUACUGGAGAGAAUCUCUAUGAAUGUAAAGAUUGUGGCAAGGUCUUUGGCUCUAACAGAAACCUCAUUGAUCAUGAGAGACUCCACAAUGGGGAGAAGCCAUAUGAAUGUCGAGAGUGUGGGAAAACCUUUAUCAUGAGCAAAAGUUUCAUGGUUCAUCAGAAACUCCAUACACAAGAAAAAGCCUACAAAUGUGAGGAUUGUGGGAAGGCUUUCAGUUACAAUUCAAGCCUGCUUGUACAUCGGAGAAUCCACACUGGAGAAAAGCCCUUUGAAUGUAGUGAGUGUGGAAGAGCUUUCAGUUCAAACAGAAACCUUAUUGAACAUAAGAGAAUCCACAGUGGUGAGAAACCCUACGAGUGUAAUGAGUGUGGCAAAUGCUUCAUUCUGAAGAAAAGCCUCAUUGGACAUCAGAGGAUUCACACAAGGGAAAAGUCUUAUAAAUGCAAUGACUGUGGUAAAGUCUUUAGUUACCGCUCAAACCUUAUUGCCCAUCAGAGAAUCCACACUGGCGAGAAGCCCUAUGCAUGUAAUGAGUGUGGGAAAGGCUUUACUUACAACAGAAACCUUAUUGAACAUCAAAGAAUUCACAGUGGGGAAAAAACCUAUGAAUGUCAUAUAUGUAGAAAAGUCCUUACCUCUAGUAGAAAUCUUAUGGUACAUCAAAGAAUCCAUACUGGAGAGAAACCUUAUAAAUGUAAUGAGUGUGGAAAAGACUUUAGUCAGAAUAAAAACCUUGUUGUACAUCAGAGAAUGCACACUGGAGAAAAACCUUAUGAGUGUGAGAAGUGUAGGAAAUCCUUUACUUCUAAGAGGAAUUUAGUUGGCCACCAGAGAAUCCACACAGGAGAGAAACCUUAUGGGUGUAAUGAUUGUACUAAAGUUUUUAGGCAAAGAAAAAACCUUACUGUACAUCAGAAAAUUCAUACAGAUGAAAAACCUUGUGAAUGUGAUGAGUCUGAAAAGGAAUGCUCUCAAACUUCAAACAUUCAUCUGCAACAAAAAAUCCGUACUGUGGAGGAAUUCUCUUGGCUACAAAAUACCAAUAAAUCCAAGAUAGAGAGCCAGAAAAUCUAGUGUCAUAUGUAAAAUGGAAUAGCAUUCCUGCCUAUUUAAGUAACUGCUGGAGGAAUGAUACAUAGUUCUAAGGAAAAAAAACCUAAGAUCAACCAUUUUAUAGACAAGUGAGUUGCAUAUAUUUAAUAGAAGAAACUUAAUCUAGACUUUUAAGUCUACAAAAACAUAAUUCAAAUCUAAUAAUGUAGUUAUAAAUGAUAGCAAAAAUGUCUUUGUAUUAAAAAGUGGACAUGUUUAUGAAAAUAUGUAUGACGUACAUUUUAAAUAUAGCAUCACUGCUACAGAAGGUCUGUGUAGACAGCAUGAUCCAGAAUGUCAGAUGUGGAGUUGGUGGACAGUAGUCUGCUGUUUGAAGACAACCUAAGAAGAGCACUGGAUUUGGAAUCAGAAGACCUAGGUUUGUGUUUGGCUCUUUCCCUUACUAGCUAUAUGAUUUUAUUAAGUCAGUCUCUAAGCCUCCGUUUCUCUGUCAGUCAAAUGCUGACAGAAUGCCUACCUCACAGGGUUGUUGUGAGGGUUAACUGAAAGGAUAUUUGUGAAAAAAACUUUAUGAAAUCAGUUGUCAAUAAAGUUGGAUAAAAGAGGUAUGGUCACAAUCUGAACAUGACAUAAUGUAAGUGUGUUCAUUAAGUCAGUAUUAGAAUGAAGGGGAUUCCAUGAAUCUCAAAAAUAUUCAUUUUUAUAAAAGGAAGUAUAGUGAAUAGCAAACUUUGGAAUUUAGUGCUUUAAGAAGAAUUUUUUAAAAUUCACCUUUAAAAUGUCUAAGGAAGUUAAUAUCAUAGCUGAUAUACCUAGCUUGUGUUUAUGGAAAAAUAUUAUGGCCAGCCAUUACAGUGAUGCCAAGGAAAACAAUUUAUUUUCCAACCUUUGAAUUUGAAACUUAACAGAUGUAGAGUGUCAAAAUGGAAGGACAGUCCUGUGUUGCUUUCUUUGUUCAUAGGGAAAAAUCCUUUACCCCAACAGCUGAGGUGAUGAUCCUUACCACAGUCAUUCUCAUAUUGUAUUGUAUUGUAUUUUAAAUUGAUGCAUAAUAGAUGUACAUACUUCAGGGUAUAUAUGAUCAUUCUCAGUGCUAAUCAGCAUUUCAUCAUUGCUGUUAUGUGAUAGCUUAUAAUUCAUGAAACAACAUUCUGUCCCAGCACUUAAUAUACUACAUAAAAUUUUCAGCCUGAGCCAAUACCUUCAAGUUCUAAUUAAGCCAAUGUAGAAUCCACUUCUGGGCAGUCAGUGCCCAUUGUCCCUGUGAACCAACCAUUCAUUCAGCCUGUGACCUUUUGUAUAUUUAUAGGUUUAACUCAGCCUGUAUUGAGCUGAUAAUUUUUUGGACUAUAAAUACUUGAAUAUCAGGAUUGUGUUUUCUAAUACUAGUAAUGUCCAAGUGGUGUGUUGAUUAUAAUAAAUGUUAUUAAUUCCUAGUUCUUCAUUAGAAUGAAAGGUACCUAAGAGUGAAAAUUGAAAAGGGACCAAGGUUUAGCCUUAAGACCUGGAUAUGAGUUAGGUUCUGCCACUUGCCUUCACUUUUUGGAGCCUUGAUUACCUCAUCUGUUAACAGGAGGAAGAAUAUCUACCUCACAAAGUUAUGAGGUAAUGAAUAUGAAAAUGCUUCAUAUCCAUACUGUAGAAGAAUCACCCCAGAUUGUAUAAUAAUUACAAAGGGAUGUAUGUACUUUAACAAUGGAGAAAGCUAUCUUUUACCUCUUAACCAAGUAACAAAAUGUAACAUUGCUAAGACUAAGACAGCCCACAUAAUGUGCCUCCUUGUGUGAUGUAAUAAGCCAAAAAUUGUUCAACCUGAAUUUAAUCAAGCUUCUCAGAUUUAAUUGCCAGUUUACAGGAAAUACAGGAGACAGAUGAACAAAAUAAAAGACACCAUGAGAAACAGACAAAUCUAGAACAUGGGAUAUCAUAUAAGAAAACACCCCUGGAUUCUUCAAAAUGUCAUUAUGAUGGAGAAGAGAGGGGAGUGAUAAUUGUUGAAGCUGGAUGAGUGUACUGGGAGUUUAUUAGUAUUCUCUGCUUUUGUGUAUGUGUGAAAAUUUUCAUAAUGAAAGCUAUAAAAUGUGGAUGAGGGGGGUUGUUUUGAAAAGAUACUGAAAAGCCAUUGGAUACUAGGAACCAGAAACAGACUCAUAUAAAUGCCCAGUUGAUUUUUGACAGGUGCAAAACCAAUGCAAUGGAGGAGGGAUAGCCUUUCCAACAAAUGUGGCUGGAGCAAUUGUAUAUCCAUUGGCAAAACAAACAAAAAACAACUUCAGGACCUAGGACUAAGGGAAGAAGUCUUAGAUGACAUCAAAAGCAUGCUCCAUAAAAGGAAAAAAAUGUUGAAUUGGACCUCAUCAAAAUUAAUUUGCUCUGCUUUUACCCUUUUAUGAGAAUGAAAAGACAUUACAGACUGGGAGAAAAUAUUUGCAAAGCAUAUAUCCAACAAAGAAUUUGUAUCUAGACUGCAGAAAGAACUCUCAAAACUUAACAGUUAAGAAAUAAAUCCAGUUAGAAAAUGAGCAAAAGACAUGAACAGACAUUUUACCGAAGUAUAGAUGGCAAAUAAGCAAAUGAAAAGAUGUUUAAUGUCAUUAGUCAUUAGGGAAAUGCAAAUUAAAAUCAUGAAUUACCACUAUGUACCUAUCAGAGUACCUAAAGUAUAAAUAAUAGCAGUAACACCAAUGCUGACAAGGAUGUGGAGAAACUGGAUUGCUGGGAAUGUAAAAUAGUAUAGCCACUCUGGAAAAUAGUUUGGCAGUUUCUUAUAAAAUCAAGCAUGUACAUAUCUUAUGCCUCAGUAAUUAUAUUCCUGAGCAUUUAUCACAGAGAAAUGAAGGCUUAAGGUCACACAAAAACUGUACAUGGAUGUUCAUAGCAGCUUCAUUUGUAAUAGUCAAAAUUUGUAGGCAACCCAAAUAUCUUUCACUAGGUGGUUUUAAACACACUGGUAUAUCUAUACCAUGGAAUACUUAUUACUCUGCAAUAAAAUGUAAUGACUUGUUGAUAGCCAUAACUCCUUGAAUAAAUUUCAAGGGAAUUAAUGCUGAGUGAAAAUACCAGUCUCAAAAGGUCAUAUACUUUAUGAGUCCAUUUAUACAACAUUCUCAAAAUGACAAAACUGUAGAAGUGAAAACUGGGAUUAGUGGUUGCCAGAGGUUAGGGAUGGUGGGAGGGAGAAGGGGGAGAGGGUUGGAUGUAACUAUAUUAAAGAGGUAGCACCAGGGAAGUCUUUGUGGUGAUGGAACACUUGUGUAUUUUGAUUGUGGUGGUGGUUAUGCAUAUCUACACGUUUUAAAAAUAACAUAAAAGUAUACACACACACUACCAAUGUUGAUAUCCUGGUAUUGAUAAGUAUAAUUAUGUCAGAUGUAACCAUUGGGGGAAACGGGUGAAAGCUACUAUCUUUGCAACUUCCUGUGAAUCUAUCAUUUCAAAAUAAAAGGAAAAAAAGCCCAAAACUAAAGAGCCAUAACCAAAUACAGUGUGUGAAACUGAUUUGGGAAGAAAAAUAAUGAAAAUAUAUGUUAGGACAAUAGAAGAAAUCUGAAUAUGACUGGAUAUUAGAUGGUAGUAGAGAAUUACUGUUAAUUUUCUUACCUGUGAUGAUGGUGUUAGUUUGAACAAUAUUCUCAUUUUUAAAGGAUGCAUGUUGAAGUAUUUGGAAUGAAGUGUUCUGGUAUUACAACUUUUAAAAAAUGCUUUUAAGUAUGUAUAAAGAAAUAAGGCAAACACAGCAGAAUGUUAAUUGCUGCGUCCAGAUGGAGGAUAAUGGGUAUUCAAUGUACCAUGCUUUCAACUUUUCUGUAUCGUUUGAUAUUUUUGAAAUAAAACGUUUGGGGGGAAA